ACAGUCUGCAAACCAGCAGUGCAGCACAGUAGAAGAGGUACUUCAUAAGAGUGUAGCAGAACGUAAUUCACUGUGACUGUCACUGAACUCAUGUGUUCACUUUCUGAAUUCUUAUUAGCUGGCCUUCAGUAACAGACAAACAGCCGACCAACCAAAUGAAGGAGAAACUGUAUUUGAAUGUGGCUUACAAACACAUGCUUUGGUGGCAGAGAGCAAGGAAGCCGCACAGCCACACCCUAUGGCUGAUUCCUCUGAAGCUAACCCACAUGCAGACGACUUCUGCUAUGGGACAUGCAAGGACAUAACUAAUGCUGACAGGGAUGUGACUGAGGUGGAAACAGAGUCCAAGCAGUGGGACAUGACAGACCCUGAACUUGAUCGCUAUAAGGAGCAGAAAUACUGUCCAGAAGAAACAGUAGACUGUAGCCUGUCAGAGUGUAAGGCAAAGAAGGAAGCUUCUCUGAUGGAGAGAGAACGAGUGAGCGAACCGGUGUCUGCAAUGGAGAGAGAGAGGACAAUGCGCAACCUAGUGGACAUGCAAAGAAAAGUUGAACAAAGGCAACAGAGAGACAGAGAGAGGCAACUGCUCAGGGUUCAGGAGCGCCUGUCAAUCAUCCAGAACAGAAAGGCAGAGGAAGACCUGCUUGGCCUGAAACACACAGACAGGAUAAAGCACCUUACUCAAGAUCUACCACUGGAAGAUAAGAACAAGCAGAAGACUGUUGUGAAAGAGCGUCUGGAGCAACUCAGAAGAGAGCGCUCUUAUGUCAUGCAGUCUAAAAGAGAUAGAAAUACCACAGGGUUUAAAGAACUCCUGGGUCCAGUUGCCCUCCAGAGCAGAGACACGGAGGAUGCAGAAGACUGAGUCACAACACAGUCACAAAAAUACCAACAAAUGUACGCUUUUCUUAUUUUGAAUAUAUUGAGGCACCAAUUGUCUAAUGUGUUUAGGUUUAAUGGUGCAGAUUUUCUAUCAGCAGUAUUUCCUUUUGUUCGGGGUUGUAACAAAACUUAUACAGAAUGCUCAGAAACCAGUACAGGUUGUACAUAUGAAAACAGAACAGCUCAAUUAACUUGCAGUCAUUUAUUGUACAGUUUAAUCAUAAUCUCAACAACCAUAAGCAUCAACAAUAAUGUAAUUUACCAAUGACCCUUGUGUACAGACUAUCCCGUGGGCUAAAUUAAAUACACAAUGAGUCACAGAGGUGCGUGAUAACAGUCUACAGUGGCUCCAUUAACUUCUCUUCAUCUGAACAUAACAUUUAUUACCAUUAUGUAAGAAAAAAAGUUGUGGCUAAAGAAAGACACUGCUGUUGACUCUGAAUGCACCUGUGGAGUAGGACUGUAUUUAUUUACAGGUAUAUGGGGGUGGGACUCUUAUAACAUGUUGAGGGACAAAGGUUUGGCUAACAAGAAUAGGGAGAUAUGUAUAACAUAGAGGGUUUGGUGCAGGCUCAGUGGUUUUCCUGCAAGCCAGGAGAACUUCUCAGUCCUGGUGAGAAUAAAACUGUCCAUGUGGGGAAGAUUCUCAGCAAAUAAACAUUUUUUCUCCUUCCCUAACUUUAUAUAAUAUCCACUCACACUGCAGUCCAAUAUAAAGCAGGAAUACCUACCACCCUAAUAAGCCGGAACAUUCCACAGCAGCUCCCACACACUGAGCCACUGCAUAACACACAUACAAGUAGUAUACAAGUUUGACCUCCACUCAAAUGAACACAAAACUUCAAGUUCAGAGGUCUCAAACACACUAACCCCCCGCUUCAGACAUGCAAUUGUUUCCAUUAAUCAACUGAACUUGUCGGCUUCAUGUCUGAACAUUGAUCGUCUCUCUUCAAUAAUGGCAAGACUGUGAAUGUGCAUGUGUCUUGAAUCAGUAACGACUAUAAUUUGAAGAGUUGUAUAUGAUGCUUUUUUCCUGAUCCAGAAGAGAAAUGUUUGUCCCUGGGUGGAUGUGUUAGGGGAAGGGUACAGCUCUCCAAGGAGCACCAUGCAGUACAAAUACAGAACCUGCCCCUUUUUACACUAUUGGAGAGAACUAAACAUUCGAAAAUUUACUUGUCUUCAAUUAAAGAACCUUAACUAAAGUGCUAUACAUCUGCACAGCAUAAUUUUCUCACUUUAAAGAUUAAUGAAUGUUAUCUCUGUCUGAAUGUCUGAAAAGGGGCUUAUCAUUCACACCUACAUAGACAAAAAACAGCUUACAUAUGAGAAAAAAACAAAACAAAAAACAAAUGUGCCUGGCAGGCAGGUAACUUUAGUCAGGCCUUUAAUAUGUGUGUGUGGCAGCUAGGAACUGAACAGAACCAGCAAAUCCCAUUUUCAAAAUAUGACACGUAUAAUCAGGUUAGCGCUGAUGGGAGCAGGGCACUUUAAUAGUGGUGACACACUGAAAUUGAAACACCUGUGGUGCCAGAUGUUUAUGUAAUGUCUGGACCCUAGUUUUACACGGGCAAGCUCUUUAGCAAACGGCAGCAUGCGCUUGUGUGUAAAAGAUUUUAAACUAUACCUUUUACAAGACAGUCAACAAAAAUUGAAUUUUA